UCCUGUGCAGCCCCCCUCAAGAAGAGCUUUUCGUUGAAGGAAACCUUGGCAUUUUUUAAAAGGAAGGAGGAUCUGCAUAAUUCCAGUGAAGUGGAUAAAAAGGCACGACUUGGUUCUUUUGGGGUUCUCUCUUAGCAUUUUCUCCUCUGGUGUCUGAAUGAAACAGGGAGGGGAAAUAUAUGAGGAAGAAGCACAGGUUCUAAACUGAGAGUCGAUCUGACAGUGUGAUUUGGGGUAAACACGUUUCCACUGCGCACGUUUGAACUUUUAUUUCUUCAGAAACUGGUGAGCUCGCCUCCUCUCCUCUUGCAGCGCGGAGUUGUUGUUUUUUCGGAACGACGAGACUUUCGCGUUUUUCUCCCAACCGAGUAACUGCUUAAACUUUCUUUUAAAAUAAAUAAAUAAAAAGGUCGGAUUGCAUUUUCCCCCUUCAAACAUUUUGGCGGUGAUGUCAUCGUGCUGUGUUUGGGCUGGUAUUGUGUCAAGAGGGCGCAGGGAAGACUUCUGCAGCCAAGCGGUAAGCAGCGGCUGAGGCAAGCAGGGAAGUCCGCAAAAUCAGGUGCAAAGUGCGGCUGUCAUUUCCUCGCUGUGUCGCGGGUGGCUGAGUCCGCCACCCAGUCACAGCUGUUCCCAUCCUUUACAGCCACCCCUCCCUCCCUCCCUCCCUCGCCUUUCUUUCUCCUAUAUUAUCCCCUCCCAUUUUCAUUCAGAACUCCAUACACCCCUCUGAGCUGGACCGCUCUGGGACCUUAUCACCUUCUCUCUCGGACACUGUUGUUCGGUGUCACCUGAGCCACAGACCCGUUGAGCCAGCGUGGGGGCGCAGUCAUGACCGAGGCCCUGCAUUACCCUGCGCCCGCAGAGCCCCCGUCUCCAGUUCACGGUUUGCUCCAUCAGCCAGCCCAGGUAGCCCACCUCCAACAGCUCCUGACCCUGCUCUGCUGGUACUAAACCCGCCUGCUACUCCUGUCUGGAACAAACACUCUACCACUUUCCUUUAUCAUCUCACCGGCUACAGAAUUAAGUGUGGUGACCAGAAGCUUGCUCCUGCACUGAAACGUUACGCUUUGGAUUACGCACGCACCGCACAAGGUCGAUUGGAAUUGGUUAUAUGUGACGCGUGAGCGCGAUUCACCUGUUCCUCUCCUUGUCGGGGACGCGCAGCCUUUAAAGUCCCAACCUCCCCCUUUGCUUCCCCGCCCAUCCGUCCUCUCCACCACUCUGGACAGCUGUUAGAGGUUGCCCGACGGUCACAGUGGCACAGUUAACCCGGCUUCACGCCCCACAUUGCCCGUGCCCGCACAUUUACGCACGCCGGGAGAACCGGGGCACGCCGCCGCCGAUGCCAACGGGAGUGUCCGCUGACUCUUUGACUGCACAACCUCGAGCGGAUUCACAAAACACGAGGGAACCCUCUGGACUGUCGGACUGGCUUAGACCGAGCGAGGAGACUGUCUCUGGGACAAGUUCCAUAGUGGAGGGGGGAAGCAAUGUGGCCCCUUCUUUCCACGCUGACCGUCUUAUGUAUCCAGAUGUUGCUGGUGAUGUGCGAUCCAUUACAGCAGGUACUUGGUGUGGAUGGGGUCAACUUCAGCGUGCAUGUGGAGAACCAAACACAGGUGCGAGACACCAUGAGCCGACGACACCACCGCGUCUACCAGCUCUACAGCCGCACCAGCGGCAAACACGUCCAAGUACUGGGACGCAGAAUCAGCGCUCGAGGAGAAGAUGGAGACAAAUUUGCCCAGCUCGUAGUGGAGGCUGAUACCUUUGGUAGCCAGGUGAGAAUCCGGGGCAAAGAAACCAAUUUCUACCUGUGCAUGAACCGCCGCGGAAAGCUGGUCGGAAAGAAGGCCAGUAACCGAAGCGAUGACUGCGUUUUUGUGGAAAAGGUUCUGGAAAACCACUACACAGCUCUGAUGUCAGCACGCCACACAGGCUGGUAUGUGGGCUUCACUAAAAGAGGUCGUCCUCGCCGUGGUCCCCACACACUCCCGAACCAGCAGGACGUACACUUCAUGAAGCGCUUCCCGCCGGGUGAGCAGCCAGACCUCACCACCCCCUUUCGCUUCACCACCGUCAGCAAGCGGGGCAAGCGGGUGCGUGCUACCGGGCCCCGCUAGUACUGGCGAACACGAGCACCCACUGUCUUUUCAUCCAGAGCCUUGACCUGAGCCGGCCAAUAGCUAACCCAGUCAUCUCCUCCGUCACACACGACUGAACACCUCUCUUUGUUGGGACAAACAUUGACCAGAAACUUGAUGAAUCAUUCAUGGGGUUUAGCUUUACACCUACUAAUUUGCCACUACAGCCCACUAGUUAGUGAUCAUUCCUCUUAGUUUUAGUUCCCCUACUGGGCCAACUGGACCAUUACUGGUCCAUCGCUGGAAGCUUCAUGGACAUGCUCAGCUUCCAUUCAUAGGCCAGAAAAACUGACAGGGAAGCUGAAGGGCAUCCAGAGUCCCAGGCUCUACGAAGGCCUUUAUUCCAAUUCAACCAAACCCACAAGGUCUUCGUGUCUCCUGUUCUGGACCAGAAGGACAAUGUCAUGUAUGGGAUUACAACUGGACUAGAGAUAGAACAAGGGAUGGGGAAAGACUGGCUGAACAAGAGAGUGGGUGCUUAGCCUACGGAUAAAGGGAAAAGAGGAAAGACGGGAAAACGGCAGAGUGGACAAAGGGACAGAGUGAUCUUCACAGAUCAAAUGGACCAAUAAUGGACCGCUGACAUGUGACGCACUUAUUUGUCUCACUGCAAAAUUGGUGUGAACCUGUGCGACUGCUGACAAAAGGAUGAAUGAGGGAACGAUCGAGUGAGUGACUUACUGAAUAAACGCAUGUUUGUAAGAACGAGAAGACAAGGAAAUGUUUGUAAGGUUGUGUGUGUGUUUGUGUGUGUGUGUGUGUGUGAGUGAGUGCACCAUCAACCAUAAGUGAAGCUGGAUCACGAGGGACUCUGGAAAGGGACCAUCCAGUCCCUGCAUGAACCCGUGACAACUCACCGCAGGGACUGAAGCUUUAAGAACUGGAAUGUAUAAAAACCAAGCUGCACCAAAAACAGCUCGCCAAUCACAGCAGACCAAACCAACAACCGACCAAAGACAACUGGAGACCUUCUUCAUGACUCCUCCCCCCACUCCCCCAAGGACACUACACCCUCCGCUUAUAGGUGCAGAGGAUGACAAGUGCAGGGGCGAGCAUUGCGGGGAGGGUGCCUUUCCCAUUAGCAUUGCUAUAGAAACGACCCAGGGGAUGAUGCUCCUGCGCGACACCGUGGAUACAGAAUGCUGCUACCAGGACAUUCAGUGGAACAAACCAAAGUCUCAAGCAUACACACAGGAGAAAACAUAUUAAAGGGAACAAUUUAUUGAAAGUUAUAUAUAUUAUAUAUAUAAAAGAAGACAGAAACCCUAAAUAAGCAAUCUUACUAUGAUGGUUCUUCUAAUUAUUACGAUAAAAUUAUUGUCAUUUAUUUAUUUCAGCUCUGUGUGCAGCAGUCUUUCUCGACUCAGUAAACAGAAAAUUGUCCUGUGUCUCACAGCUUCUUUAAACUGCUUCUUAACAUGCUUUCUUUUCUGUCAAAGAAUAUAUUGUAGAAAGAGAUUCAAGUGUGCCGAGCCCCGAGAUGUGGCUGGCUUUAAAGCCCAAUAAGUUGAUCGACAAAAAAAUGAUUUGGCAUCUAUUUUGUUCAGUAAUAAUUGUCAUGUAUUAAGCAACAAUUACCAACAUUUGCUUGUUCCAGCUACUGUAAUAUGAGGGUUUGGUUGUUUUCUCUGUAUAUCACUCUAAAUUGAAUAUCUUUGGGUUUUAAACUGUUGGUUGAACAAAAGAAGCCAAGACAUUUUCCUGGGCUCAGAGAAAUAGUGAUUUCGGCGAAGUGAUGAGAUAUACCAUGAUACAGUAUAGAUUUGUCACUCAUCAGAGAUUGUGCCAUACAGCUUAUACCAAGAUAUCUAUCACUUUAAUAUAACUGGUUGUAUUCCAUUAUUUACAUUGCAAUCAAACAGGA